AUGGAGGGGUCACAGUUUGCAAAGGGCGUGUAUUUAAAUAAGGUAGGCCAAGAUACCUAGCCUUUUUCGCUAAUGUUUGCAGAUCAGAAAGUGCACUCCAAGUGAGAAGAAACCUUUCAAGGCCGUCCGUUCAGUAGGCGAGGGCAGCAAACGGGCGGUUCCAUCAUUAUUCGCACCGAUGCCGUCGCUUCUUAUCGCAGCGCCCAUCUCUGCCAAUUUGUGGUUGAUAAGACCUUUGAUCUGCAUGGUUUCUACAUUAUGUUAG